AUGGAUGAAUUGGUGAACAUGCUGGCAGAUUUUGUCGGCCUGCGCUUUGAGCAGGAUCCAAAUCAGCGAAACAGCAAGCGGACGUCGAGGACAAACGCGACAUCGAUCUUCAGUCUGCAGCAGGACUUGCAGAAGUUCGGAGAUCCGAUUUGGCAGUGGCCUGCCAUUCGAGAUUCUGGGCCUAUGCAUCGGAGUGCUUCAAUGCAGAUCUUUGUCGAGCGCAGUGCCCAAAGCACCAUGAAUGUCGUCCCUGCCCAGGCUUUGAUGGAGCUGUUCUUUGCGCAGGAGUGGGACCUACACAAGCGAAUCUUUGGCGCCGGCCGCCUUCUGAAGCAGUUCAAGGCUAUGAAAGAGAUCCUUCUUGCUGGCGAUACAAAUCGCCUGGUGGCUGAGCUUACUUUCGUAAGAAUCAACGAUUUGGCGGCUCCCCCUGAGCCCAUUCACCCGCUGAUCUACAUUGAGCCACUGGUGGCUUUGCUGAUCGUCUGCAAUGGGAUCAUGAUCGGCUACCAGACAGAUCCAGAACAUGAGGAUUGGCAUGGCUGGACGUAUGUUGAGAUUGCAUUUCUGAGCGUGCUCCUCAUAGAGAUUGCUUUGCGAAUGCACCUCCUGCGCUGUUGGAAGUUCUGGUGUGGGCCAGAUUGGCUCUGGAACUACUUCGAUAUAGUCCUUGGACUGACUGGUUUGGUGGAUAUUUCGGUGCAGCUGGUCAAUCAGCAGAAGUCUGACAUUUUCGGCACCUCACUGCUCAGAUUCUGCCGCUUAAUACGCCUGGUUCGCAUUGUGAAGGUCUUCCGUCUGAAGUUCAUGCGAGAUCUGCGUCUCAUGGUCAAAGGCCUUGUUGCAGGCGUGCGAACGCUCACGCUGGCCUUCACCCUCCUUUUUUCCGUCUUGUAUGUCAUUGGAGGCUUUGCCACUAUGGCUAUUGGAAGUGACGCGAGAACAGAUGCCGCAGAACUCAAGCCAUACUUCAGGAAUCUCCCUCAAUGCAUGUUCACGGCCUUCCGGUGUUACACUGGCGACUGCGUAAAUGAGAAGGGAGAACCCAUUACGCACCUUCUGGCCGAGAUCUUUGGCUAUCCAUUUAUUAUGUCAUACGUCGUCAGCUACAUGCUCGUAGCAAUGGGCAUCUUCAACGUGAUCCUGGCGGUUUAUGUUGACAUCACCAUGAAGGCGGCCAAGGAGAACGAAGCAGUAACUGCGGAGCAGUACGCGCGUGAAUCCAUCCGAGUGGCACGGACCACGCGCGAGCUUCUGAAACGUUUUGCUGCUGCCUACCGACUCUUCCAUGAUCUAGAGGAUGACCACUCGGAGGUUUCACAUCUGGAGAUCAGCCCCGGCAAGACCGUCUUUACGGAUGAAGAUGUGCACGAGGGCAUCGCGAUCACCAAGGACCUGUUCCUCCUGGUCAUUCAAGACCGUGGUGUGCAGCAAUUGAUGGAUGAAUUGGAUCUACCGCCGGAUCGCGCUAAUCUCUUCGAAAUCAUUGAUGCCGAUGGCAGCGGCACCCUGCGAAUAUCAGAACUGGUUCAGGGUCUCCUGAAAAUCCGCGGGGAAAUAAGCAAGAGUGACGCGAUCGCCGCCCUGUUGGCGACAAAAGCUGUGUACUCCAUGCUGGAAGAGAUUCGAGAGGAGACCACCAAGAGCCUAGAUGAUUUAAAGGACUUGACUCUGAGAAGUGUGAGUUUUCUCUGUACGGAGCUGCCUCAGCAUUCCUUUGGGGCCUCUCAGAAUGAGUUCCGCGAACUGGCUCCAGACAUCGACGUAGCGCCAGGUUGGCAGCAUGACUCUGUCAAGCCCGACUUGCUCCUCCCAGCGGGAGCAUUGCCCACAAGCACCGAUGCGGCUGAUGUUCAGCUGCGUUCAUGCUGA